AGCGCGCCGGAGCUUCCGGGACCCACGGCUGGCGCUUUUCGGGGAGGGGGGGGAGGGGGGCUCGCGCGGCCUGCGGUUGUCAUGGAGCCCGAGCCCAAGGGCGGCUACGUGCUGAGCAGCCUCGCCGAGGUGGUGGAGCGGAUCCUCAGCUUCCUGCCCACCAAGGCCCUCCUGCGGGCGGCCUGCGUGUGCCAGCUGUGGCGGGAAUGUUCCCGAAGAAUUCUGCGAACACAGCAGAGCAUCACCUGGAUCUCUGCCCUGGAACCAGACUCAUCCAACAGCCAUGUUCUGGUCCACGUGUUAGCAGACGACAUUGAGAAAGUCCAAGUCCUUCCCCAGACAGUGCUAUAUAUGAUAGCAGACGCAGAGGCGUUCAGUGAAAGCGGAGAGAUUUGUGGCCUCGGUAUGAAGAAAGCACGGCGAAGAUACAGUAAAGAAAUCGCGGCCGCCUUGGAAAACCUGCUCCCCGCACGAUGCCAGGUGCUUGGUCUCGUGACGCCUGGAGUUGUAGUUACUCCCAGAGGCUCUGGCUGCCAUCGCCCCGUGGAGGUUGAAGAAGGAGAGGCCGGAUUUGCCUUGCUCUUCCCCAAAAUCGAUGGGGUGAAGAUUCAGACCUUCCAUUUUUAUAAAGACCCGAAGAGGCAAACUAUGGAUGAAGAACAGUUUGCGGAAGCAGGGCUUAAGAACAACCCAGACCUUAGAGCCAUGCUUCUCUUCGGCUACAACAACUGGAAGUCGGGAUCGUCACGAUUCUUCCGCCAAAUUGUCAAUCGCUUGAACGAAAAAAGCAUCAUCCUAGCGGGCGGAUACGUCGAGAGCAUCACCUCCCUGACCUCUCACACCCAGCCUGCCGAGUCGUGUGGCGUGGUCGGCCUGGCUUUCAGCGGUGCCCAGAUCCAGUGCGCCUCCGUCCUGCUGGAUCAAGAAGUCACGGAUGAAAAGUUAGCCGAAGCGGCCAUGCAGCGCCUGAAGGCGGCCAACAUUCCCGAGCGCCACAGCCUGGCGUUCAUGUUUGCCUGCGUGGGCAGGGGGUACCACUUUUACCAAAACAAAAGAAACGUGGAAGCCGACAUUUUCCGGAAGUACUUCCCCGGCGUGCCGUUGUUAGGCUUCUUCGGACACGGGGAGAUCGGGUGCGAUCGAAUCGUGACGGGGAAUUUCGUCCUCCGGGAAUGUCGCGAGACCAAGGACGACCUCCUGCACAGCUACACCACAGUCGUGACGCUCCUGCACUUCGGUUCGGCUAAAGGCAAUCAAGCUUAAAAAAAAAAAAUCUCUCUCUCUUUCUCUCUCUCUUUCUCUUUUCUCUCCUGUGCAAAUUGUGCAGCGGCUGCAUUAAUUGCGAGAAAAGAGCCGUUCUGGGCAUGUCAUUCUAAGGGCCUCCUAAAAACGAAAAGGAAGGCCAUCCCAUCGACUUUAGGAUUCCCAAUGACGUGAUCUUAAAUUCGGGGGGGAAGAAAAUAGGACUUUAUACCCCAUUUCUAAACUUUAAAAGUGUUUCAUGUAUAUACGGUAGAUUUUUACUUCGUUCCGGUGAUUGCGAAUGAUGUUGUUUAGCAUCGCCCGUGUGCUUUUAUGCUUGGGGGGGGGGGGGGUAUCCUUUUUUUUUUUCAUGCUGUUAGUGGAUUACUUAGUCAGCCCACGGACUAAGCCUGUCUUAAGCUGUGGCUUAAGUCUUUUAUCGUUUGUCUCUGGAAAUGCAAAGCUUCAGGCCUGAACGGAGCUCUUUAAAACCAUCUCUUAAGCAGCCCCACGGAGGCCUAGUCAAAUUCGAAACCAUGUUUGCACUUGAAUAUCCAUCUUUUUUGAUCCAGAGCGAAUUAGACGGUCUGGAUUCGCAGGCUUCCUCUUGGUAGACGAUUGCAAGUUUGGACCAAUCUUGUUCGUGACCCGUCAAAACCGCGUUCCACAAAAGCGCGGUCGACGAAAUCGCGUAUGUGACGUCAUCACAACG